AUGGGUGCCAGCAAGGACGCAGCAGCUAGUAUCGAUGGUGGAGGCCAGACGGAGCUGGAGGGCCUGGGCAGUGAGGCGCUGGAGGCGCGCACGGGGCAGCUCAAGGCGCAGCUCAGCGGCGUGACGGCGCUGGAGGGCAAGCUCAAGACCACCCGAGGAGCUGGGCAUCCCGGUGCGGCCUCCAUGGCACAGCAGCGCGACGGUGAUCCGGAGGUGGCCGGCACGGUAGGCGCCAUCGAGUGCCGCCUGACAGAGUUCGACUGCAAAAUGCGCGAACUCCAAGAGACGGAGGAGGUGAUGACAAAGCGCGAAACCAUGCGCUGCAACCUCGGCUGCAAGAGAGUCGACGAUGCCAGCGAUGUGGCCCAAUCGCAGCUCCUCCAGUAG